AAAUUCGCAAGCACGCUACAGCAUCAACGAAGGCCAGCCUCACGCUUCUACAGAAAAUCAAUUCAUCAAUGGCAGCCACCCUCUCCGUCCGGCCCAACCCCCCUGCCGCCGGUUCACCGUUUCCUAGGCCGCCCUUCCGACGAUCCGGCUCAACAUUUCCCGGUAGAACAACUUCCUGGAGUGGCGGUGCCGCUGGUGCCCUCCCUCCACGUCGCGCAUUUACAAGGACGCUGCUGCUGCCGGUUCAGGCGAGCUCGCGAGCUGACGACUCGGCGCCAUCUGAAAUGUCUCUUGAGAACGCGCUUAAGCUUCUUGGAGUUUCCGAAGGAGCUUCCUUCGAUGAAAUACUCCGUGCCAAGAAUUCCAUUCUUGCUACUUGCAGUGACGACAAGACGAUUGCACAGGUUGAAGCUGCAUAUGACAUACUGCUUAUGCAGAGCUUAACUCGGCGUCGAGCCGGGAAAGUUGAGAACAGUCGGAUCCGAUAUGCUGAUGUUAAGCCGAUAAACUCUCCUAAUGUGGGUUCAUCGCCUCAGUGGCUGCGGAAUAUACCUAUUUCUGUUGAAACACCAUCUACUGGUGACUUGGGCAUACAAGCUGGUGUAUACGGGGCAUUAGCAGUCUUGACUUAUGUAAAUGGAGCUUCUUCAUCUUCUUCACUGCCGUAUGCAGGUGCUGAUGUUCCUGGACUGAUCUUGGCUGGUAGUUUUGGAGCUUCCCUGUACUUCAUGACUAAGAAGAACGUAAAAUUAGGAAAGGCAACGGUAAUAACGCUAGGUGGCCUUGUGGCUGGUGCAGUAGUGGGGUCUGCAGUUGAGAGUUGGUUGCAGGUUGACAUUGUUCCUUUCCUUGGUAUACACUCCCCUGCUACUGUAGUAAGCGAAUUUGUACUUUUAUCCCAAUUGUUGGUCUCUUUAUACCUUAGAUAGAGUUAAUAGAAUCUUGUAGUUGCCCCUUCAUUGCAAAAGUUGUAAUUAUUCAAUUGCUCUAUCCCAUGUUAGUUCUGUAAGAUUAUGUGCUUUUGGAUGCACGAAAGCUCAAUAGAUUGUUGGGAACGACUUGUGUUUAUAGUGAAGAACGUAAUAAUUAUCAUAUAUUCUCCAUA